GUUACAUCAUAGCCUAGUGAAAUGAGUGCAUUGAAAAGAUCAUUGCAAAUGGCUUACAAACGCAGGAAAGACAGCAAUAUCAGUUUUGUGACAUCCCAGACAGAUGAUAAAAGCAUCCUUACUGUUCACGAGGAGCAGCCCGGGAAAGAUGAGCCUAUCGAUGAAGGAGUUUGCAGCAAGUACAGAAGCUCUGGAAUCUCAGAAACCUUCACUGUCGAAGAAGCAAUUGAGGCUAUCGGUUUCGGAAGGUUUCAGUGGAAACUCUCAAUGCUAACAGGAGUUGCGUGGAUGGCCGAUUCUAUGGAAAUGAUGCUCCUUAGUAUUGUAACUCCUCAACUGCGCUGUGAGUGGAGGCUCUCGAGCUGGAAAGUGGCAUUCAUAACAGCGAUAGUGUUCAUUGGAAUGAUGGUCAGCUCCUCACUUUGGGGGAACAUUUCAGAUAAAUAUGGCCGAAAAGUGAGUUUAAUACUGUGCCUGCUGUGGACAUUGCACUAUGGGCUUCUCAGUGCUUUCACACCUGUUUACAGCUGGAUCUUAGUCUUGCGAUGCCUCGUGGGAUUUGGCCUAGGAGGAGCCCCUCAGUCAGUGACAUUAUAUACUGAAUUCCUCCCAAUAAAAUCCAGAGGGAUAUCUAUAAUCCUGUUAGGGGUGUUCUGGGCCUUGGGUGCUGUGUUUGAAGUGUUACUGGCUAUGGUGGUCAUGCCCACAUUAGGCUGGAAAUGGCUGCUAGCUUUCUCCACCUUUCCUCUUGUUAUCUUUGCUGCCUCCUGCUGUUGGUUACCAGAAAGUGCUAGAUUUGAUGUACUGAGGGGCAGAGAAGACAAGGCCCUGGACACUUUGAAAUAUAUAGCAGCAGAUAAUAGGAGCUCUGUGCCUACUGGAAGACUUAUAGCCAACACUCAGGUAUGUGGGGCUAACAGUCUCAAAAUUUCCUACUCACACAUUAUUGAAAAAUUUCAAAUUUGGGGUUUUCAUGUUUAUUUUGUAAAGUCUAGUUGCAUUUGAUUUGUGUUUAUGUGUUUCAGGCUGAGCGUGGGAGAAUUAGAGAUCUUUUUAUUCCAGAA